CACCAGGCAUCUUGCUUGGUGCUGGACCAAUGGUGAUGCAGGCACUGGCUGUUUCAAGGAGCUCCUGGUCCAGUGGGGUUGGGGGAGUGGAUUCUCUUUUCAAAGUUGAGGAUUGGCAGGGCAGGGGCAGAGCAUUGUGACAGGUAUUGCUGGCUCUGGCUACAAUCUCUGCGAUGACCUAGCUGGGACUGUGCCAGGUGGCAAAGGAGGUAGAGCCCAUUGAAGGUUCGAGGAGGACCAGAAAGGAUUGCUGAGGGUGUCCUGGCAGGCUCUGCAGGCCUGCUGGGGUAUAGGUUGGGCCACGAUUGGGAAGAUAGAGCCAAGGCCACAGAGUGGGAUUUCCAAGGCAGGGCAGUUUCUUGUCCAGUGUGGGAUGAAGUGAAAUGAGAGCAUGAAGGACACUGGAGAGGAGGAAGGAGGUCAAGGGACCAAGAGCAGGAUGACUCGGGGUGGAGAGAGAACCCAGCCACAGCCAGGCAGCUCCCUCUCACUCGCUCUAGCUCCCUAUCGCUAGGAGGGAGGGUACUGGAAGUCAGGAGAGGACAGCCUCAGGAAGCAGGUCAACAGCCAGGUGACUGCAGCCCUCAAGCAUUGAAGUACUGACAAGAUUCUAAGAACAACCAUGACAGAACCUAGGAGACGGGAAAUUCAGAGAGGUAACUAGAGUGAGGGUGGGUUUCUUGGAAGGCCCCAAUCUUCUCCCUAUAAGAGAAAAUAGUGGUAGAAAGUCACAAAGAGACUUGCCCCAAGUCACAGAUGCGUCCUUUAUAUCCACUGCCUCUAAACUACAGAAGGCUUUUUUGUGUAGAGGAUUAAUUUCCUUUCUCCUCCCACAUGUUAAAACAGUUCCAUUUUCUUUCACACACCAUAUGAUUUACCUGUUAAAAUACACAGCCCGGUGGUUUCUAGUAUAUUCAAAGCUGUGCAACCAUCACUCUCAUUAUCUAAUUUUAGAACAUUUUAUUACCCUAAAAAGAAACCCCUUACCAGCCCCUCCCAUUCCCCACCUUCCCCCUGGCCCUCAGCAGCUACUAAUCUGCUUUCAGCCUCUAUGGAUUUCCCUGUUCUGGGCAUUCAUAUAAAUGGAAUGAUAUAAUAUCUGGCCUUUUGUGUCUGGCUUCUUUUACUUAGCAUGAUAUUGUCAAGGUCCAUCCACGUUGUAGCAUGGAUCAGAUAUUCAUUCCUUUUUAUGGUCAAAUAGUAUUCCAUUUUAUGGGUAGACCACAUGGUGUUUAUCUGUUCCCCAGCUGAUGGACAUUCAGGUUGUUUCUACUUUGCAGCUGCUAUGAAUAGUGCUGCUGUGAACAGUUAUGUACAGGUGUUUGUGUGGACUUAGGUUUUUAAUUCUCUUGGGUGGAGUUGUGAAGUCAUAUGGUAAUGCUAUGUUUAACUUUGUAAGGGACCGUCAGACUAUUUUACAAAGUUGCUGUGUCAUUUUACAAUCCCACCAGGAGUGUAGGAAGGUUCCAGUUUCUCUAUGUCCUUGCCAACACUUGUUAUUUUCUGUUUCAUUUUUAUUUUAGUCAUCCUGGUAGGUGUGAAGUGGUAACUCAUGAUGGGUUUGGGUUUGAUUUGCAUUUCCCUAGUGACUAAUGAAGUUGGGUGUCUUUUUUUUUUUUUUUUUUGGAGACAGGGUGUUGCUCUGUCACCCAGGCUGGAGUGCAGUGGCACCAUCAAGGCUCACUGCAGCCUCCACCUCCCAGGCUCAACCAAUCUUCCCACCUUAGCCUCCUGAGUAGCUGGGGCUACAGGUGUGUACCACCAUGCCCAGCUUUUUUUUUUUUAGUUUUUGUAGAGACAGGGUUUCGCCAUGUUGCCCAGGCUGGUCUUGGAACUCCUGGGCUCAAUUGAUCCUUCUGCCUUGGCCUCCCAAAGUGCUGGGAUUACAAGUGUGAGCCACCACACCUGGCUUGGGCAUCCUUUUAUGUGCUCAUUAGAUCAUGUGUUCUGGAGUAAAAUUCCGUUUAAGGCAAAGGGCACUAAACCGGGAACCAGGAGGCCCUGGCCCUACCCUGAAUCACAGAUCUGGGGACUUUGAUGAUUUUAACCUGGAGGAUGCAGUGAAAGAAACUUCCUCAGUAAAGCAGCCAUGGGACCACACCACCACCACCACAACCAAUAGGCCAGGAACCACCAGAGCUCCGGCAAAACCUCCAGGUGGUGGAUUGGACUUGGCUGAUGCUUUGGAUGGUCAAGAUGAUGGCCGCAGGAAACCGGGUAUAGGAGGAAGAGAGAGAUGGAACCAUGUAACCACCACAACCAAGAGACCCGUAACCACCAGAGCUCCAGCAAAUACUUUAGGAAAUGAUUUUGACUUGGCUGAUGCCCUGGAUGAUCGAAAUGAUCGAGAUGAUGGCCGCAGGAGACCGAAUGCUGGAGGAGGAGGUUUUUCAGACAAGGAUCUUGAAGACAUAGUAGGGGGUGGAGAAUACAAACCUGACAAGGGUAAAGGCACGGUGGCAGAGACUGGCACCAUUGCCGGGGUGGCCAGCGCCCUGGCCAUGGCCCUCAUCGGUGCCGUCUCCAGCUACAUCUCCUACCAGCAGAAGAAGUUCUGCUUCAGCAUUCAGCAGGGUCUUAACGCAGACUACGUGAAGGGAGAGAACCUGGAAGCCGUGGUGUGUGAGGAACCCCAAGUGAAAUACUCCGCGUUGCACACGCAGUCUGCAGAGCCGCCGCCGCCCGAACCAGCCCGGAUCUGAGGGCCCUGUCCAGCUGCAGGCAUGCACAGUGGUGCCACCGCUUGUCACCCGGCUCACCUGCCCCCCCUUCAUUUGGACCCCCAGCUGCUGUGCUGCUCUGUGUCAUCGGCUCCUUGUUGGUCUGAGUUUUCCCGGUGAGCUCUGGGUGUUCGUGAGUUUGGUGUCUGCCCUGCCACAGGUGCGCUGAGACUUGGUGCCGAAAUUCAAGAGCCAGCUCUGAUAGAAAGCCAGCACCAGCCUCGGGAGCUGCUGAGCCACCAGCUCCCAAAGGCAGCCUGCCUGCAGCUUUACUGAGCAUAGGAUGCGGGGGCCAAGAUGAUGCUGGGGCCUGAUGACAUUUAUGCUUAGGGGACAAGAGUUUGACCUCAUGGGACUGUGACCCCUGCACACUGGAGUGGCUCAUUGUGGCAGGUUUCUGCCCGUAGACAGCCCCUGACAGUGGCCUCAAGGAGCUGUAGGUGGGGGGCUCAGCCUGCACCCACUUCACUUGGAGCCCGUGCAAGGAGCGAACCCGUCAGCACCGAGUAACCCCACACACACGCGGCGCCCAGCAUGAUGGUUUCACUUCGGUCUUCCCCAUCCCAGGUUUUAUGUUGCUGAGCUUCCGGAGAGCCGGUCCAAGCGGAGGCUUUCAGUUAUUUAAGUGCAAACAUGCAUCUCAUGAUAGUCCUGCCCUGAGAGUUUAGGAAUCUUCUGGAUAAGUAUGAAGCAAUUCGUAGGCCUGUUUCCCAUCUGAUUCCAUAGGGGGGCUGGGCGUGGCCUUCGGGUUGACAUGAGAAAGGUCUUUAGCAAUCAUUUCCGCAUUGGAGGUGAGUUUUAUCCUGUGUUGGGGAGAGGUGCUCGCCCUCCACCCUGUAUCUAUUCCUAUUUUGGUAGCAAGAGCGACCGACGUCAAGAACGAGCAUCAAAGCCAGAAUCAUGCUUGUUGUUUGCUUAAAAAUGUCAUCGGGGGCGGUGGGGGAGGAGAGGGGAAGGAGACAUUUGCUUGGUUUAGUGAAACGCACGUGACUUUGUAGCUCUGUGGUCAGCCUACUUGUCUGUUCUGAGGGAGAGUGCGUGGGGACCCAUGCUCACCGUGGCAGACACAGGAACCCCAUGACUAGCCCCUCACCGGGCAUGGAGCUGCCUGGUUUGGGCUGGAGCAGAGCUGGUUUCCUGGAAUGUCCCUUUGGCCUCAAACUGAACACGUGGUUCUGUCCUGCUGAGCUCUGUUGGCAGAGGCUCACGGGACAGAACCACAUGCUAGGGUCUAGGGCUCCCGUCUACUGAUAAUCAGUGUGCCAUGUCAGAGAGCACUUCUGAAAGCAGAUACGAGUCACCGGACAGGCAGGAUCUUAGAAAACUCACGGGCCUCUUUGGUCUGCAUGAUGGCCCCACGCGUUCCAUCGGCUGUCCACUGAGCGGGAUUGUCCGCUGAGCGGGAUGAGCCAACUCCAGUUUCUUAAGGAAUCCACUGGAAUCUGCAGCCCCCACAUGCAUCUGUCUAACGCAUGCCUCGUGUUCGUUUUGCAAACAUGCCUGCGGUGGAGGGUAGGCAGUUGCAGCAGUGUCUCAAGGCUGCCUUGUGAGGCCAUUCCCAGUGGGUGCCUGUGAGCUCCUUACCACCCCUUUUCCUGCUCAGCCCUUUAAUCCCUGACAGACCUGGACUGUGUGGCUGAAGGGGGGGACCUGCAGCACUGCAGAAAUGCCUCUGUGUGGUGCCAUGAAGGAAAGAAACCUUGGCCUGGUCUCGAGAAGCUUCCCAUGCUUCAGGAAGUUAGUAAGGGUGGGGUGGCUUGCAGGACUGGCCUGUUUCCAGGGCCUCCCGCACUCAUUGGCCAGAUUGUGAACUUUGUCAGGCUUGUCCCUCCCUGACACCAAGUACGUCGAGAGCUGAUGGCCCCACCCUCUGGCUGGUACUGGGCCGGAGGUGGCUAUGGAGGAUUGUGGCAUGCAUGGCCUGUCGACACCUUGACUGCGUGACCUUAGGGGUUGUCCACCUUACCUUUACGAUGAGGCCUAUCGGAUGGCUAAGUCCUUGAAACCCUAGAGCUCUGACGUAGAACAUGUACUGUCUGUGAAACCAUGUUCGCAGUAGCACUGACAGCAGUUGAGAGAGACCCGUUUUGCUCUCCCUUACCCCCCCGGGUGCUUUCUGCACAAAGCCUGGAGCCUGGCACUCAAGCCCACCGGUGGCAGCUCCUAGUGACUGGACAUGCCUGGAAGACCCCUCAGCCUUCUGUUUGCAGAACGCUCAUUUCAGGAGCUUCUCCUUCCCACAGACAUCUUACACUUGCUCGACACUGCCACUUGCAGAAGCCUAGCGGGCUCUAGUCACCACGUGUCUAUCUGAAGGUUGCACUGGCCAGCAUGGGCCUGUCCCAAGCGAGAGGGGAGACACAGUGGACUGAAAGGACUGGUUGAAAGUGGCCAAUCUCUAUCAAUCAGCUUAAUUUGGCAGAGAAAAUUUGUAACAACUCUGAGCACAUGCUGGGUGAAGUCACACAGCUCAAGGAAAUACAAAGAUGGGCAUAAGGAGGUGUGCGUGGCUUCUGGGGUGGGACCCAGAGGGGAGGCUCUGGGACGGGGGCUGGGGUUCAGUGCCGGGGCCCUGAGGAAGAAAUGGGGACUGAUCUCAAAAUUCCAGAAUUCCCUGUACAUCUGUUCAUGUACUUGCGUCCAGGUAUGAGUUGUAAACUGUCUAGUGUUUGCAUUAAAUAAAAUGGCACCGAGCAGA